AUGCGGACGAUGCUGUCCGUAAUUUAUCUGAAGAUUUCAGGGCUGAUGAUGGCGCGCCUACAGGCAGUAUCAACCGCCCUCAGAACCCUGUGUUCGGAUAUCCUCGUCGAGCUUGAGAAACCUCUCUCCACGAUGAUAUCUCAACCUUCUACAACAUCAGACUCCCUGCUAGCUAACGGCUACACGCACACGCAGACCCAUCAUCUAGACUGCACCACCGUCAAGGGCGAAUACCACGCCUUCCUGUCCUCCACGGUCAAGUUCCUGUACGCCGUACAGGAGAGACAACAGCUCUGGGGCUGGGGCACGGAGAGUGGUGUUUAUGAGGGUGUCAGCUGGAUGCAGGCGCUCUGGGCGAGUCGGAAACCUAACUCCCAGCAUCUCAGUUUCAUCGAGCAGCAGAUGAGCUGCUAUGCCGACACGGGCUGCUUCGGGAAGAAGAGUAGGGAGGUGCUGAGGAGGGAUGUGGAGGUUGUGGAGUACCUUAAUGACUUGAUGGAUAUGUUUGUGUGA